GAGGCGCAAUAACCCGGAAACAGAGGCUAUGGUGUUUUGAUAUUUUUCACACGCUUGUGCUCUCUCACUUUCCAAACCUGCCAGCCCCACACAGACUGUUGUCUCCAAACUGACUGUUUUGUUUGUAAAGCUGAAGGCAGUAGAUGCUUGUUCUGGCUGAGGAGGAGGAUGUUGCCUAGAGGUUACGUCUUUUCCCAUAAAGAUGGGCAAUCUGAUCAUAUAUUCCAGCACAUUCUACCUCACACCGUGUCCCAGCAACGGAGGAUUGAAGCCCAUCUGAAUGUAACAAACUUCAUUGGUCCACUGAUGAAUGUUCCUCGUUUGAUUCCAACCUAUCAGUGGACACCAGUGGAACAACCUGAUGUUUCUUUCAGUCCAAAUAACGUAAAAGGAAGCAACAGAAAGAGAAGGAGAGAUAAUCACAGUCAGAAUGACCUGAAGAGACAGUGCUUCGGUUCUCCAGGACCUCACAACCAGCCUGCAAGAAAUGCCAUCUUUACCUCCCAACCGGCGACUGGACCAGGGUCAAGCAGAGAAAUGUGUAAUUCUUAUUCCAGCGUCCCCACAUGCUCAUCUGCCGUCUCUAAGACUGGAGGCUGUGUGCCAUCUUUGAGAGAGGGAUCCCAUCAGAGCUCCUUUCACCCAUCAUCAGUCAAUGAUAAGCUAAGUCAGCAGAUUCUCAACCUAUUUCAUGCUUGUGAGCAACAGAAUGAUGAUCUGGAGAAGAAGGAACAAUGCCGAGCAGCACUGCAGAGGGACAUCCAGACAAUCUUACCACGUGCCCAAGUCUUCUUGGCCGGGUCGUCUCUAAAUGGCUUUGGUAGUCGCAGCAGUGAUGCAGAUCUUUGCCUUGUCAUUGAAGAGGGAACGGUAAACCACAGAACAGAUGCUGUGUAUGUUCUUAGUCUUGUGCGGAAAUUGUUUUACACACUGUCUUACAUUGAGAGGCCUCAGCUCAUCAGAGCUAAAGUGCCCAUUCUGAAAUUCAGGGACAGAGUCAGUGGUGUGGAGUUUGACUUGAACUUUAACAACACUGUUGGUAUCAGAAACACCUUCUUACUGCGGACAUAUGCCUAUGUUGAAAAACGUGUUCGUCCUAUCAUCCUUGUAAUAAAGAAAUGGGCCAGUCAUCACCGCAUCAAUGAUGCCAGCCGAGGAACACUGAGCAGCUACACGCUGGUUCUUAUGGUCCUGCAUUACCUUCAGACUCUUCCUGAACCUGUCAUUCCAUGCCUUCAAAUGGAUUAUCCAGAGUGCUUCAACCCUAAGAUGGACAUUCAUCUUGUGCCAAGUGGACCAAGCAAUAUUCUGGCUUUUGUGUCUAAAAACCAGUCAUCCCUGGGAGACUUGCUCUUGGGUUUCCUGAAGUACUAUGCCACUGUUUUCAAAUGGGAUAAGCAUGUGAUCUCUGUGCGUGAGGCAAAAACUCUCCCCAAGACCAGUUGCAGAGAAUGGAGAGAUAAGUUCAUUUGUGUAGAAGAACCAUUUGAUCGUACAAACACAGCCAGAGCUGUUCAUGAGAAGGUUAAGUUUGAAGCCAUUAAAGCAGAAUUCACAGAGUCCUACCAGGUUCUGCAGCUGAGAAAAGAUCUCAACUUCAUCCUGCCUCUCAAAAAUACCAGACCAAAAAGAUAGCAUGACCCCAGAUAAGAAUAAACAUACAGUUUGGAUUAAACCUGGAGUCUUCGAUUAUACAUUGUCAGAAGAAAUACUUUACUCCUGUACAAAGGCCUUUUGGGUAUACUGGACCUUUUGGAAUGUGUUGAGCCAAAUCCAUUGAGCGGACUAGUAUAUUAUCUGGUCCCUAGUCAGGAACAUCAGUGUCUAUGUUUGAGUUGUACAUGAAACAUCAGACACUGAGCAAUAUCUUUUGCCCAUAUGGUACACAGUCUGCAUUCAGAUAAUGAAUUAGCUGUCGCAAAAACAUUUUCUCUGAGCAUUUUUUGGGUUUAUUUGCCAAUAUAAUCCUUUUCUAGCUCACUGAAAUCAAAGCAAAACAGUAUGAAAAAUAUCCUGACAACUUUUCUGUGAUCUAUGUUUUCCUUAAAAACUCCAAAUUGUAAAAAAAAAAAAAAAAAAAACUUUUUCUGGCAACUGACUACUUUUACCUGAACAUUUUCAGUGAUUACAUUUCUAUUGGUUUCUUAUAUUCUGUCGUGUUUUGUAUAGUUUGUACAGUCUUUUAAAUGUUUAUUUAUCUGAUUAAAAUGUCACUAU